UAAUCAGAUUUGGCGCCAGAUUUUUAACAAGGAAACGCAAGCUUCUGAACUUCGUACAGACGAAAAUAAAUUGAACAACAACGCAGAAAACAUUUUACACGGGGAUUUAUUAACCAUUUAAACAUUUAUUAGAGUUAUUUUAUCAACUAGCUUUUAAUAUGUUUGUAACAGAUAUUCGAAAGGAAUUUUAUGACGUUGUUGUCCAUCAGAGAGUAGCACUCCUGGUAGCUCCGGACAUCGAUGCAUUGUGCGCCUGCAAAGUUCUCCAGGCUCUGUUCCACUGCGAUCAAGUACAGUACACUCUGGUCCCUGUGACAGGAUGGCAGGAUCUGAGCACGGCUUUCAUUGAGCACAAAGAACAGUAUCGCUAUUUUGUCCUUAUAAACUGUGGGGCAAAUGUUGACCUUCUGGAGACGCUGCAGCCAGAUGAUGACACCAUCUUCUUCAUCUGUGACACACACCGACCGGUGGACGUGGUCAAUGUGUACAACGACACUCAGAUUAAGCUCCUAAUAAAACAGGAUGAUGACCUAGGCAUUCCUACUUAUGAUGACAUCUUCCGAGAUGAUGAGGAUGAGGACGAUUCUGGGAAUGAGAGUGAUGGCUCAGAGCCUUCUGGGAAACGUAGGCGUUUUGAUGAGGGUACGGUGGAGAGGAGGAUCGAAAGGCAGAGAGCAAAGAGGGAGUGGGAGGCACGCAGGAGGGAGAUCUUAUUUGAUUAUGAGCAGUAUGAAUACCAUGGCACAUCAGCAGCUAUGGUCAUCUUUGAACUGGCCUGGGUAAUGACUAAAGACAACAAAGACAUGCUUUGGUGGGCAAUCAUUGGUUUGACAGAGCAGUGGGUCCAUGACAAAAUCCCUAAUAUGAAGUAUGUGACGGACAUAGCCACACUACAGAGGCAUGUGUCACGUCACAACCAUCGCAAUGAGGAUGAGGAGAACUCGCUGUCUAUUGACUGCAUGAGGAUCUCCUUCCAGUACGAUCUGCGCUUGGCUCUCUAUCAGCACUGGUCUCUGUAUGAGAGCAUCUGCAACUCCUGCUACACCUCCUGCAGCUUCAAGCUCUGGUCUAUAAACGGCCAGAAGAAACUACAGGAAUUCCUCGCAGACAUGGGUCUACCUCUAAAACAGGUUCGACAGAAGUUUAACUGCAUGGACAUGACCAUCAAAGAGAACCUGCGUGAGGUCAUAGAAGAAUCUUCAAAUAAAUUUGGCUUGAAGGAUAUCCGUGUCCAGACAUUUAGCGUUCACUUUGGCUUUAAGAACCGUUUCCUAGCAACAGAUGUGGUACACGGUGCUGCUGCCUUGCUGGAGAAUGUGGAAAAGGACGAGAGUGCAGCAGACAACUUCAUCAGAGCACUGGACUGCCUCAGCCGGAGUAAUCUGGAACAGUUGCACUUGGGUAUUGAUUUUGCCAAGAAGAAGCUUAAAGCUAUCCAGCAGACCAUAGCAAGCUGCAUCUGUACUAAUCUCAUCUUGUCCCAAGGACCUUUUCUCUACUGCUACCUGAUGGAGGGUACUCCAGAUGUGAGGCUGUUCUCCAAACCCAUGGCUUUAACCCUUCUGUGCAAGUACUUGUUGAAAGCCUUUGUGUGCUCGACCAGGAAUAAGCGCUGUAAGGUAUUGCCGUUGGUAAUGGCUGCGCCCCUUGACGUGGAGAAAGGCACAGUAAUGGUGUUGGGGAUCCCACCAGAGUCGGACACAUCAGACAAGAAAAAUUUCUUUGGCAGGGCUUUCGAGAAGGCUGCAGAGAGCACUAAUUCCAGGACCUUGCACGAUCGCUUUGAUACAUCCAUUAUUGAGCUGAAGACAGAGGACCGAGGGAAGUUUCUAGAUGCUCUCAUCACUCUGUUAUCCUGAGCACUCAAAAGCAAGAUGGAAUAAAUACCAGAGUGUGUGAGUGUCUGUCUGUCUGUCUGUCUGUUUCUCUCUGUGUGAGUUUGUUGUUUGUGUGUGUGUGUCUGUGUGUCUGUGAGUGAGGUGUAUUAAUGUAUCUUCAACUCGAGUCACACAUGCCUGCAUACUGCAGAUAUGGACUGAUCAAAUCAGAACAGAACAGAAGAGAGCUGAGCCAGAAUGUUUGGGAGACCACCUACAUGCUCACACAUGCACACACACACACACACGUAGUCAUGCCCCAAACACAGACGCACGUAGUCCGUACCAUGGUGGAAUCUUGCACCCCUCCUGUGCAAAUGUUAGAUUUGCCAUGUUCAAACUCAGUUUGCUGCCAAAUACCAUUACGGUCCGUUCAGUUGGACUACCUCUCAGAGACAAACACACACAUGCUAACGCAGAACCUGUGUGUGUGUGUGUAUGUGUGUGUGUGAGACACAGUGAAUUACGAACACUCUUUGACUGCUCCACAACAACAAGCAGGUUUACGUGUCUUGUUUAUAUUGUAUAGGUUUUAUGUGUCUAUGUUUCUGUGUAACCUUUUUAUUGUUGACUGUGCUGUAAAUUAUGUUAUGUUGUGGGUGUGUGUUUGUUUUCUCUUUUUAAAUAUAUAAUUAAAGCUCAAUAUUAACCCCAAA